CUCUCGAUACUACCAUCCCCCCCUUCGCUUGCCUUAUAAUGGAGCAAUGCCUGAAUGUGGAGAGGGAGCUCGAUAAAGUUCUGCAGAAAUUCACCUCGUACGGACAGCACUGCGACCGGACUUUGGAGGAGCUGAUCGAAUACACGAGCGGUCUGAGGCAAGAGUUGAGCCAGACCGGUGGUCAAGAUGUUGAGUUGUCAGGGACCUUGUCGCUUGUUUUGUCUCAGUGUUGCAAAAGAAUAAAAGACACAGUUCAAAAACUGGCCUCGGACCACAAGGACAUUCAUUGCAGUGUUUCACGAGUAGGGAAAGCCAUUGACCGGGUCUUUCGGCAUGUUUCUCCAUUCUUUAUACUUACAGUAGAUGCCAAAUACUGCUCCUUUUAUCCUCGAAUGGGACAGAAUUUUCCUCAUAAUCAGACGUUUGAUGCUGAUAUCAGUGGAGUGGCAUUAGAUGGAUGCUGGCAAACUGAUAGCCAACGUCUUCUCAGUGAGGUGAUGGUGGAACACUUCUUCAGGCAAGGAAUGCUUGAUGUGGCUGAGGAACUCUGUCAGGAAGCAGGCUUGUGCAUAGAAGGAAACCAGAAGGAGCCUUUUGUAGAAUUAAAUCGAAUCCUGGAAGCCCUCAGAGUGAGGGAUCUAAGGCCUGCACUAGAAUGGGCAGUUUCAAACCGUGAGAUGUUAAUGGCACAGAACAGUUCUCUCGAGUUCAAGCUGCACAGAUUAUUUUUUAUAAGCCUGUUAAUGGGAGGUACAGAAAAUCAGAGGGAAGCACUUCAAUAUGCUAAGAAUUUCCAACCAUUUGCUUUAAAUCAUCAGAAAGAUAUUCAGGUGCUAAUGGGAAGUCUCGUGUACUUGAGACAGGGAAUAGCAAACUCGCCCUAUGUGCACCUCUUAGAUUCUAACCAGUGGGCUGACAUUUGUGACAUCUUCACCAGAGAUGCCUGUUCUCUCCUUGGUCUCUCAGUAGAAUCACCACUGAGUGUCAGUUUUUCAGCAGGGUGCAUUGCAUUACCAGCCCUCAUAAACAUCAAGGCAGUCAUUGAGCAGAGACAGUGCACUGGAGUAUGGAACCAGAAAGAUGAAUUGCCAAUUGAAGUAGACCUUGGUAAAAAAUGUUGGUAUCACUCAAUAUUUGCCUGCCCAAUUCUUCGACAACAGACUACGGAAUCCAAUCCACCAAUGAAACUUGUCUGUGGCCACAUAAUCUCCCGAGAUGCGCUAAACAAAAUGAUCAACGGAAGCAAGUUAAAAUGCCCAUAUUGUCCGAUGGAACAAGCACCAGCAGAUGCAAAACAAAUUUUCUUUUGAAGAUAUUAUGACUUGAGAGGUGGUUUGGUAAUUUCGGACAGUGCAAACUGCGACAGUUCAUUGUUCUUUUGGACUAAUGCUUACUAAAUUGUAGAACGGUGUUUACAUGCCGGUGUGUAUUUGGGAUAGAGAAAAGAGGAAAACUACUGGAUAUAAAUUAGUUGCAAUAGGGCUUUUGAACUUGGUCUUGGUAUUCGAUCAAGUGGAUACACCAGCACUCACCAUUUCAUGCAGUUAUUUUAUAUUGGGACAAUACUAGCAGUACAUUUUUUAACUUAAGAAAUAAGUAAUCACCAAUGAGCAAUGCAUUUGAUAUGAAUCUUCAUAAUAUCAUCGUCAUUACAUGGGUUAAACAUUUUUUUUUCUUUAAGUUAUCAAUGUGAUCUUUUAUUCUUUAAAAAUAUAGAAAAAUUGAAUGUACGAGUAGACAAUAACUACUGGCAAUGUUUGCAUACCUUUCUAUGUUGGUUUGACUAGGUAGCUUUGAUAUAUUUUCACACUUUUGUCAAUUUGACACAAAGUCAAGCGUUGACUGAGCAUAUAUUAAGCUCCCAGGGUUUAUUUAAUUUUUUUGUAAAUUUAAACAAUAUUUGCAUAGAAUGUGGACUAGCAAAGUAUUGGCAUGGGAGAGGAAAUGAUGCAUGAAGGAUAGGCGUGUAUGAUUUUUGCUUCAUGUAGAUAAUUUAGAUACGUGUAUGGUACCAUGUCCAAUACAUAAUUAUAAAACUGAAAAAUCUUAUUAAAGGCAAAUUGUAUACCAAA